AUGCCCAGCAUGGGUCACCAGCAAACACUGCCACCACAGACGCCCCAGUCCCAGAGUGUGCCUCUGCCUGUGCAAGCGGCGUAUACACCUGCUCAACCCCAAACCUCACCUCCACCCAAGACAACACCUACGAAAACCACGCUCAAGGCCCUGCCCACCGUACGCGACCACACCACAGAUCAACUUGGUCCGGGCGGCGAUGAAUAUCUACCGCGCGAAACGGACGAGGCUGGUGAGAAGAAGGUAAUGGCGAAUGGCCAACUUACCGGAAGCCGCGAGUACAGAUGUCGGACAUUUUUGGUUCCCAACCGCGGAGAUAAGCUUUUUAUGCUCGCCACGGAAUGCGCCAGGGUCUUGGGCUAUCGAGACUCUUAUCUACUAUUCAACAAGAACAGGUCCCUCUUCAAGAUUAUUGCAAACCAGGUCGAAAAGGACGAUUUGGUAGCCCAGGAGAUUUUACCAUUCUCGUACCGAUCUCGACAAAUCGCCAUAGUAACUGCACGGUCCAUGUUCCGUCAGUUUGGCAGUAGAGUCAUUGUCAAUGGACGAAGAGUGCGAGAUGACUAUUGGGAGGGCAAGGCCCGCAAGCAGGGAUUUACUGAGGCAGAUUUGGCUGGUGAGAAAAGACCUGGUGCAUCCAAGGCCCGUGAAGAAGCCGCAGCCGCGGCUGCUGCCAACAAUCCUCCUCCUUUGGUUGGCGGUCCACAUGGCGAAAUAGUUUAUGCGAAUACUCCCGGCCAAUUUGGUGCUCCCCCGCAGCCCCAGCUAGUUCAACCAGGUAUGAUUGGAGCACCAACAGGAAGCCCGAUGAGAAUGCCCAUGAUAACCGCUCCAUCAACAGAUCUGAACGACCGCCGGCCAGACUACAACUUCAUGAAGGGUGGCCCUCGUCAGGAGAUUUCCGGCCCUGCCUAUCAAGACCGGACUCAGCCAACCCCGCUGGCUGAAAUCCAUGCCCAGGCACACCAUGCAGCCGAAUUCAACCGCUCCAUCAACCAGGGGCGAGAGGUGCGCAAUGAAUACAUGCAAAACAUGUGGCGGAGGCCUCAUGAGCAGCCCUCUGCUCCAUCUGUCGGAGGCGACACAACGAUUGCGGCAACAACCAGACCAGGACAAUCGCCGCAUGCAGCUACAGCUAGUCUCCAACAGCCGUCGAUGGUCCCCAAUCAGAGUCCUCAGAUGUUGAUGACAGCUGCCCCGUAUUCUCAAUCAAUCCACGCGCAGCAACCGAUCAGCCAAGCGCCCAUGAGAGGCAUGCCUCAAGCCCCUGCCCAGAAGCAAACGCGCCCGCCAAGUCUCUCCGGCCCUUCAGGCAACCUGGCUCAGGGUGCACAAACAUACAACUAUAACCAAAAUGCCAUGUGGAAUCAUCCUCAGACUCCUCAGACUCCUCAGCACUACUCAGGCUAUACUACCCAGCCUCAGCAAUCACCUCACCCGCAACAGUCACCUGCACCACAGCUUCGCCAUCCCUCUGGCGGUACACCGCAAAUGCAACAGGGCGCCAUGCAGUAUCCUGGAAUGCCCGGUAUGAGCAGUUAUGGUACCCCCAGCCAAGGCAUGUAUCCACCUGAGCAAACCCCCAGGCAGUUCAUGCCCCAAAACCCAGGUGGUUCACCAGCUGUGACUCAAGGCUGGUCUAACCAGCAAACACCGGCUGGUGGAAAUUGGUGGGCAAACCAGCCACAAUGA